UGCCCGUGUCACAUGAUAUUCAUCGAUCAGCUGACAAGUUAGGGGUGUUGGUUAGGUGAGAAUUCCAGCGGGGAGGUGGCUAUUUUUUUUCCUGAAAAUGAGGUACGGGCUGGGAUACACAUUUUUAGCGACGCUUUCGUCUGCGGUGACUAUAAUAGUGCUGUAUUAUGUACUUACUGGGAAAGGAGAGAGGAUUAGUUUUGGCUGGUUCCUAACGGAGACUAGCCCAUACAUGUGGGCAACUGUUGGUGUUGGAUUGGCUGUUUCUCUGUCUGUGGUUGGAGCUGCACUAGGCAUUCAUACAACAGGAGUCAGUAUUAUUGGUGGGGGUGUAAAAGCACCCAGAAUAAAAACAAAGAACUUGAUAUCAGUCAUAUUCUGUGAAGCGGUUGCAAUCUAUGGUCUCAUUACUGCAAUUGUUCUUUCUGGGCUGAUAGAGAGUUUCAGUUGGGAUGCCGUUCAAAGUAAUAUUGAUCUGAAGAGCCAGAAUUGGCUUUCUGGCUACAUAAUGUUUGGUGCUGGAUUAAGUGUUGGUUUGGUUAACCUUUUCUGUGGAAUUGCAGUUGGAAUUGUGGGAUCUGGUGCGGCCCUAGCGGAUGCUGCAAACUCGGCAUUAUUUGUCAAGAUCUUGAUCGUAGAAAUUUUUGGAAGUGCUAUUGGACUUUUUGGACUCAUUGUUGGAAUUUAUAUGACUGCCAAAGUAAAGAUGGGGGACAAGCAGUAAAAAAGUGAUCCAUUUCAGCAGACAAGAAAUAUGGCUGUUUUUGGAUUGUACAGAGACUUCAUGUAUAAAUUAGGGGUGCUGGUGUACAGAAGUGAGUGUGCUUUGUAUAUUUGUAAAAAAUAAAGUGGGUUUAGAGAAGAUAAGUAUUAUGUAAUGAAAAUGUAUUUGUUAUUACAUUAUUUUAAUCAAUUACAUAGAUGCGUGAUUGUUACUCCUGAUAUGAACUGUAUCAUAUGUACAUAGUUUUCAAAUUUGAAGUCUCUCUGUCUCACUUUGUAUACAUAAUUAUGCUUAGAAGAACCUAGUGUUUAUACCAGAAAUAUUUCAUAAAUUUGUGUUAAUUUAAUGAAUCUAGCUGAGAAUAGUGCGUGUAAUUUAUACUUGUGAAGUAUGUGGGGUGAUUUGGUAAUGAAAUAUAGUUAAUGUGUGAAUAAUUGUUGAAGUAUACACAUUGUAAUUAGAGCAUCAUUCAGUAUUAAAUAUUUUGCAGUGUGAUCACAAUUAAGGCAGAAACUGUUGUCCAGGCUCUUCAAAUUGUAACUUUCUUGGUUGGUAGAGCAAACAAGUAAAUGGAAACAAUACAUACAUGAAAUUGUUGUUUACACAGUGUGCUGAUGACAAGAUGAUGUGGUAGGGAUAUAGAGGAAUGGACAAUUAAUAGUUCAUUUCCAUCAGGGUUGAGAAUGAGAGGGCAUUACAAAUGUCCGCCUGUAUUAAUUUUAUCAAAUCACUCCUCUAUCCUGCUUGCAUAGUCAGAUGUUAAAUAUUAUCUUGCACAGAAUUCAUUAUUUUGUAAGUUUUGUCACCUGCAUAUUAUUUAUAGUGCUCAUAUACAUGAACUAUUUGUUGUACUGAUUCACUGUCCAUUAUGUAUUUCUCAAACUACAAUAUCAGUAUUUGGUGUCAA